UUACGGCACCUCCUCUCCACUGGUGUUGCCAUGCCGUAAAGCACUUCGUCCGAGCUGCCAGUGAAGAGAGACAAGAAGGCCUUAAAGCUUAUACAUUUAUAGACGAUGAAAGCAGAGUUACCAAAACGCACUUUCAUCUUAUAGACAGCGUUUGAGUCUUCCUCACGAUGAUCAUAGAGAAUGUGGAAGCCUUGAAGUCAUGGCUGGCAAAACUCCUCGAGCCAAUAUGUGAUGCCGACCCGUCUGCGUUAGCCAACUAUGUGGUGGCUCUUGUGAAGAAAGACAAACCAGAGAAAGAGCUGAAGGCGCUCUGUGCCGAUCAGCUCGAUGUCUUCCUACAAAAAGAGACAGUAGGAUUCGUGGAUAAACUUUUUGAAUGUCUGACAACCAAGAACUACCUGGGAAACCCUCCUGCUAAGGAGGCCCCUAAAGAGGAGGUCAAACCGCCUGCAGUCAAACCCGAUGUUGUGGAGGCUGAAUCUCCAGAGGAGGAGAGAGAAAACAGGCGGAGGAGAAGUCCUCUGAGAAACCGCUCCGACUUCAACGAGUCCAGGUACGGCCUCGGCUUCAGGAACCCGGACCACAUCAGCGUCAUGAUAAAGAGCCGAGACGACAGGAGGAGAGACGAGCGCAAGCGCCGCGACUUCGACCGUCACGGGAAAAGCGGCGGCGACUCCCACCGAGAGCGGGAGCGUCACGAGCGCCGCAGGGGGAGCCCCCGCGGGAGGAGCUACAGCCGCAGCCGCAGCCGGAGCAGGAGCGGCAGCAGAGGAAAGAGCAGGGACAGGGAUCACAGAGGAGGCAGAGACUUCAAGUCAAAGUUCGAGUCGGAGCGGAAAGACACGGACUGCUACAACUCCUCAACCACAUCCAGCUCCCAGCAGCAGCAGCAGCAGCAGCAGCAGCAGCAGCAGCAGCAGCAGCACCCAUCGCCUCUCCUGCCUCUGCCCACGCCUCCGCAUCCUUUCUCUUCGUCUUCGUCAGCUGGAGUCUCAGGUGUUCCUGUGGCAACGCCGGCUCACCUGCCCGAUAGCACUACAGACAGCUGGUCCGGCUACUACAGCAACCAGAGGCAGGACGGCGUCGGCAAGCCGUUCGGCAACAAGGGCGCUUCACUCAAACAGCGGUGCAGAGACUACGACGAAAAAGGAUUCUGUGUCCGUGGUGACCUUUGUCCAUUCGACCACGGCAACGACCCGCUCAUCGUGGAUGAUGUCAACCUACCCAACAUGAUACCCUUCCCGCCCCAACCCGUCAUGCCCCCCGCCGGGCUGCCGAUGCCCCCAAUGACUGAGCCACCCCCUCCCCUCAGGAUGCCUGCCAUCCCACCGUACGGCCAGCCACCACCGCCGGGCGUCUUCCCCAUGAGCGGACCCCCACUGAUAGCUACCAGUGGGAUUGACACCCCCAACCACCAAUCGGCCAUCACUUCCUCUCCUCCUAUCGGACCACCUGGGGUGGGGCUGCCGCCUACUCUUCCUCCUCCUCCUCCUCCACCUCCUCCUCCUCCUCCUCCUUCCUCGUCCUCAUCUGUGUCUCUUCGUCCCCAAUAUGUCCAGUCUGAAUAUAACUAUGAUCCAGAGGGAUACAAUCCAGAAUCUCCAGCCCUGACUGUAGCAGGUCGGAACGCGUACCGCCAGUUCAUUCCCCGGGUGCAGACGCAGCGCCCGAACCUCAUCGGCCUCACGUCCAACGAAGGACAAGGCUCCAGAGCUGCCAACAUAGUGAUCCAAACAGAGCCUGCCGCUGCACCAAGCACUCCUGGAAGCAACGUGUCCCGCUUCAACACAGAGCAGGACUGCAGGAAGAGAACCAUGGGACCCAGCACAGCCGAGGGACCUGCAGCUAAAAAACCCUGGAUGGAGAAGCCGGGCUUUAACAACCAGCAUAAGAGCACCUUCCCGAAGAGGUAUCACUAUGUGAACACCAAGUUGGAGGUGCGCAAGAUCCCGCGUGAGCUCAACAACAUCACCAAGCUGAAUGAGCACUUCUGCAAGUUUGGAACCAUCGUUAAUAUCCAGGUGGUGUUCGGUGGUGACCCGGAGGCGGCGUUGAUUCAGUACACAAAGAAUGAAGAGGCCAGACGGGCCAUAUCGAGCAUUGAAGCUGUCCUAAACAACCGCUUCAUCCGUGUGUAUUGGCACCGUGAGCCGGGCACCAACGCCACAGCGCCUCAGCAGCAGGAGCAGAGCUCAGGGAGUCAGGCAGCUGGAUUAGUGCCCAGCCAGGUGCCGCAGCACAGCAACAUGCAUAAGGGAAUCAAGCAGCACAAUCCUGCUGCCUACGUGUUGAACAAGACUCUACCGAAGCAUCGCCUGUCAGCGGUGCCAGGGAUGACGGCCGCAGUUCUGACCAAGCCGGACGGCUUCAACCCAAACAUAGACACUAUCAAUGUGGCGGCUGCGCUGACAAACACCCAGAAGGGCCCCUACUCUUCCUCAGCCCUGAAGUCAUCAUCGAAGAGCCUUGGGAAAACGGGAAAAGCACUAGAAGCACAGGAAGUCCUCAAGAAGAAACAGGAGGCUUUAAAACUCCAGCAGGACAUGAGGAAGAAGAAGCAGGAGAUGCUGAAGACGCAAAUUGAGUGUCAGAAGGUCUUGAUAAACCGCCUGGAGAAGAACAGAGGGAUGAAACCUGAAGAGAGAGCCAACAUCAUGAAGACCCUGAAGGAGCUGACGGAGAAGAUCGCACAGCUGCAGAACGAGAUGAACCCCGCCUCCAUGGUCCCCGGCGGCAAAGCCAACCACAACCAGCCCAAGACUAAGGUUGAUGCCCAGAAGGAAUUGCUGGAUGCUGAGCUGGACUUUCACAAGAAGCUGAGCUCCGGAGAAGAUACAACAGACCUCAAGCGGAGACUGGGACAGCUACAGGUAGAGGCCACUCGGCUGGGACUGAUCCGGCCUCCAGGUGGUCGGGGUCGCGGUCGAGGGAAGGCGGCGCUGGAGCCCGGUUCGAUGCACACGGGCCGCGGACGGGGCCGCAGCCGGGACAUGAUGGGCCGCGGUGGUUCUGUGAACCGCAUGGUGGUGGACCACAGACCCAGAGCUCUGGCGAUUCUGGGUGUGAGCCAGGAGGAGAAGGAGGAGCUGAUGCCGCACUUUGUGAAAUUUGGUGAGAUCGAGGAUAUCCGGGAUCAAGACGCCAACACCGUCGUCAUGACCUUUAAGACGAGGAGUGAAGCAGAGAAUGCAGCGAACCAGGGAGCCAAGUUUAAAGGUCGUGUUCUGCAGAUUUCCUGGUACAAGCCGAAGACGCCCUCCGUCACAACCGAGCCCGAGGAGGAGGAGGCUAAAGAUGAGGACAACACGAAGGAAGCUAGCUCUUACUUGCCCGGCGAGGAGGAGGAAGAAGAGGAGGAAGAAGACGACGACGAAGACGACGAGUGCGAGAGCCGAUCCUGGAGACGAUGAAGGCGUUGUGUGUGUGCGGCUCUCUCCAGGAGAAUCAGUCCUUUUUAUUUUCCCCACGCGCAGAAAUAAUCAGUACAACAGAACUCACACUUUGUUUUUGUUUUUUUAGUUUUUCCUUUCCAGUAUUUUCAAACGAAGUAAUUUUGGAACUCUAAUCAAAGUAAAAGUCUCCUCACUUUCUCGUACGUGAAAAGAAGUUCUGAGGGACGACAGCUUUUUUUUGUAUCCCUCGACUAAACACUUAUUUAAAAACAUCUCACUUUUGCUGAGAAAGAUAAAUGUUCAGUUGUUCUUAUAGAUAGAAAAUCCUAUGUAAGUUUCAGUGUGCUUACCAGAUGAUGAAUAUCAGUAAUGCACAACAUUUGUGUCUACUGUGAAUAGGUAUUUUUAUACAUACUGUAUUUAAGCUCUUUUCUCACCACUUUUUGAAAACUCUUGUCCUCCGUUCAGGGACAGCCAUUCCUUCAACCUAAAGAACGCUCUCUGUUACUACCAGAGAUAUUUAUUUAUUUUUCCACGGCAUAAACGCACCGUGCAGAACCUUUAUUGGCACAGUCUGGUGUGUUUGUCAUUUCACUCCCCCCCCCCUUCACAGUUCAUUCAAAUAAAUCUGACGGCGGCUUCUCUGUCCAGGCAUGAGCACAUGAGUCAGCGCAUGUUGUGUUCCUAAAUAAACAGAGCGACCCUUCA